UUAUAAAAAUGUAUCUCAUGCUGUUUGAACCCUCGCAGUGGUGUCACCAUAUCUGAGCACUCAGCCCAGUCCAUUAGUAGUAUUUUGUGUCCCAUUAGAGAGCGAAUGUGUCACACCUGCAGAGAGGGGAUUAUAAUCCUGUGACAGCAGCCGUGUUCGACACCUAUAAAAUCCCCCUCUGGCUAAUGCACCACAUGCUAACAAGGCAAAUACAGAGGUGAGUCAGUCUCCAAUGAAGUUUCUUCAAUGUCCAUUAAGACAGAAUUACUCUUAUUAAUUGCUGUGCAGGGUGCUGUUUACCAGUGUCGCUUUAUGACCUCUGAUCUGUGAAUGAGGAGUCUGUGACAUGAUUGUUUUUUUUUUUUUUGUUUUUAUUGCAAAAAAAAAAAAAAACCUGGCUUCUUCUGCAGCUCCAAUGGAAGCAAACAGCAGAGUUUUGGUGCAGGUGUUGUUGUUGGCGCUGGUGGUUCAGGUCUCUCUGUCCCAGCACUGGUCGUAUGGAUGGCUACCAGGUGGAAAGAGGAGUGUGGGAGAGCUCGAGGCGACCAUCAGGAUGAUGGGCACAGGAGGAGUAGUGUCUCUUCCCGAAGAGGCGAGUGCCCAAACCCAAGAGAGACUUAGACCAUACAAUGUAAUUGAUGAUGAAUCCAGUCACUUUGAUCAGAAAAAGAGGUUUUGGGGUGACUGAAAGAAGACAAACAGAGACUUGUCAACACUAGAGGUGGACAGCCUCACUCCAGGACGCUGGCUUCAACAAAUCAUCAUUUAUUACACUGAUUUCAAUUACAUGUCUUUAAUGGUUUAACUAUUGCUAAAUUGUAAUAAACUUUUCACUCCUGAUAAGCUUCAAAUGUUUCAGUUUUUUUUUUUUUUUAAACCCUGCAGAUUUGGUUAUUAGAGCAGAAAAUAUUCUAUUUCAGUCUAAAAUGGUCUAUAAAAUAGCCUUUAAUAGAUUUAAUUGCCUUUGUAAAGCAGCCACGACC